AUGAUGGACAGUCCACCACCAUCCAGACGUUAUUCAGCCUCCUCCAUGUAUUUCCAGGGGGACAACAGGGAGGCAAUAGGGAACUCCAAUAUUGAGUCAACAGGGAACUCCAAUAUUAAGGCAGCAGGAAACUCCCAUAUUGGGACUGCAAGGAAUUCUAAUAUUGAGGCAGCAGUGAACUCCAAUAUUGAGUCAACAGGGAACUCCAAUAUUAAGGCAGCAGGAAACUCCCAUAUUGGGACUGCAAGGAAUUCUAAUAUUGAGGCAGCAGUGAACUCCAAUAUUGAGGCAGCAGUGAACUCCAAUAUUGAGGCAGCAGUGAACUCCAAUAUUGAGUCAACAGGGAACUCCAAUAUUAAGGCAGCAGGAAACUCCCAUAUUGGGACUGCAAGGAAUUCUAAUAUUGAGGCAGCAGUGAACUCCAAUAUUGAGGCAGCAGUGAACUCCAAUAUUGAGGCAGCAGUGAACUCCAAUAUUGAGUCAACAGGGAACUCCAAUAUUAAGGCAGCAGGAAACUCCCAUAUUGGGACUGCAAGGAAUUCUAAUAUUGAGGCAGCAGUGAACUCCAAUAUUGAGGCAGCAGUGAACUCCAAUAUUGGGGCAACAGGUAACUCCGAUGUUGAGGCUACGGAGAACUCCAAUAUUGGUGAAACAGGGAACUCCAAUAUUGAGGUAGCAGGGAAUUCCAACUUUAGGGCAACAGGGAAAUACAAUGCUGAUGCAGCAGAUAUAUCCAAUAUUGAGUCAGCAGGGAACUUCAAUAUUGAGGCGGAGAACUCCAAUAUUGAGGCAGUAGUGGACUCCAAUAUUGGAGGGGCAACAGGUAACUCCGAUGUUGAGGCUUCAGGGAAAUACAACGCUGAUGCAGCAGAGAUAUCCAAUAUCGAGUCAGCAGGGAACUCCAAUAUUGAUGUAACGGAGAACUCCAAUAUUGAGGCUACAGGAACUGGAAGUGAAAUCAACAAAGCGGAGCGGGACAAUCAGCAAGUUCCCGCCUUGUGUAACAAACUCUGGCAAUCAGAGUCCCGCAACGCCGCUCUGCUGUACCAACUGCGGCAAACUGCCAACCCUCACCUAGCCUGGCACCCGGCCAGCCGCCCGCUACUACCCUUGUCAUUCGCGCCUGCCCUCCACUACCAGAAUAAUGACCUCCUAAAUCACCUGUCGACCCGGAUAAAGCUGGGUCUUACUUGUUCAGCACAACUGCCAACGCUGCGGCUCACAAUUUAA